CUAGCCAGUGCAUAUACCCGAUACAUCAUCACUAUGUCGAAUUCGCAAAACCUAUCCACCCCUAAUCAUGCAUGGAACCCCGACAUGACCUACCGCCAGGACAGAGAUCGAGCUCUUGGUCCCACAACCAACCUACUAGAGGAUUAUGCAGACGCUAGCAUCGUGACCUGCUGGCGCACGUAUAAGAAACAUAAACAACCCAAUCAGAGGUGGGGCCAGGAAGUCGAUGUUGCUGUCAAGACCAGCAACACUAUUGAUCUCAUCGAUAGUAACGAGCGCGCCCUUGACCAAGUCAUCUGGGGUAUUACACACCCCAGCGACUGCCAUCCAGGCGUUAAGUCCAUCGUAGAAAACCCUGCACUGGUUGACCUACUCUUGAUUCGCCAUUUCAAGGCUCAUGGUGGUCUGGUGCUUCCUCCACUGCAAGCCGCACGUGAACUACAGGAAGCUCACGAGAUUGUAGCUAAGGAAGAGAUGGCUUCUGGUAAGACUUGGUGUACAGGUCGUACCAUGAUGCACUAUCCCAACUGGUAUGUUCAUUGCUUCGAAGUGUAG